CUUUUUUCUCGAGAAAUCGUCUUUUUCUGAAUCCAGAGGCACCGUAAAUCCUGUAAUCUAGCAUGUUGAAUGGUCUUCGACAGCCUGGCUCCAUGUUGAAUUAGUUCUAUGAAUUUUUGGCGACAUUCGGCGAAAUUCACGGAUAAAUUGGGGAAUUGUCUGGAUUGGCUGAUUGCUGAGGAAUGCCGCAUCGAGUUACAGCCGCGCAAGAUGCGUCCACCGUUGGCUGGCAAGAUUGUACUCUACCAAAUGAGUUCUUCUCGCUCUUGUUGGAUCACUCUGGGGGGUUGUGGGACGACGUGAUGUUCCACGCUGGCGGUGGGGCGUCCAUGCCGCGGUAUCGAAGGCGCCUCUGUCGCGCGCGCGCGCAACAUCUCACAAGUGUCGGUAGAGAUGCUGGUGAAGGUCCAAAAUCGGAAUAUGCACAAUAUGUUUGCGAUAUCCGCACGGUGGUCCGUUCGUCUCAAGAUGUCGCAGCCCCCUUGAUAUUUCGGAGAAAUCGACAACCUUCAUCGGAAACGACCGACUUCUCCCAUGUUCUCACGCGAUGAAUGAGGAACCUGGUAGGAUGGAUUGUAUCGGACCUGGCGCAUUCAUCGUGCGCCACAGCAUUUGCGUCCAUGACAUGCCUCAACGGACUGGCGUCGACUUCGGCUCGAAUUGGAUUGGAGUCCCCGGUGUCAGGGCCGUUCGGUCCUCUCGGAACACUCUUCAUGUGCACAACGCGCCGCCCCCAACCAGCUCCCGUCGCGACAUGGCCUACCGUGUUCUCUUGUCGACGCCCAAACGCGUUGCGCAUGGAAUAGUUGAAGGUCCAGUGUUCCUGCAUGACACGAUUCGUGGUGGGACAUGGACGAUGUGGUCGACCUUACGAGGACAACUUGCUUGCCUUUGGCAGCACAUGCACGACGGCUAACGAAUUCCCCAGAUAAAGCAUUCGUUGCGGCUACAUGUUUCAUCUGCGCAAACACGUCGAGAAGCUCGAAAUAUCCAACGCCUGGCCGAAACAUGAGGUGUGAGAUAUUCCAGGGUUGAGCUGUAUCACCCACUCGACAUGUCUCGAUGGCAAGGGGGGGGCUGCGACACCUCGUUCGCUG